AUGAAUUACAUAUGCAUCGAGAUUCUUCACUAUAACUCGCGUGUAUAUGUCGUUGGGGUAUACACUUACAGCGCUGUGCCUGCAAAUUUCGUCACUGCUCCCGCGCUUAUCGCGCGCCUCGCCGUCUUUGACGAGAUAUUCCACGGUGUUCGCGCUGGACAAGGACCAGGCGCAGUGUCGCUCGCAGAGCAGAGAGUCAUUGACCUUCCCCACGACAAGCCGGGGUCGAUGGCGCUCUUUCUGUUCGCCAUGCACUCGCAGUUCGACCACGUGCCAGCUUACCUACCCACCGAUGCCUUGUACGAGUUGACAGUGGUCGCGCACAAGUAUGGCGCAACGGCUGUUUCGCGGCCUUGGACGGCGAAGUGGACGUGGGCCGUGGCUGUUGAGCUGAAGGGCGAGGAUGAUAAGACUGCCCAAGGGCAUGAGUAG